AUGCCGCCGAGUAAAAGCCUCUUUGCGCCUUUCAUCUCUGUGGACCCGGAGGGAGGCGUCGGCCCCGCGGCCCCGGUGGCCCUCCACGCCGACAUCCACGCUCUGCUGCAGCGGAGCCGCGCACAGGAGCGGCCGGGGACAGAGCGCACCCGGCGGGGCUGCGACCACCGAGACCCCCCGUGCGCCAUCGUCGAGCUCCGGCUCGGCCCCGCCGGCGAGAGGAGGAGGAUGCUGGGGCUCAACGUGGCGUUCGACCGGCUGCGGAGCGUCAUCCCCAACCUGGAGAGCGACAAGAAGCUCUCCAAAUCUGAGACCCUCCAGAUGGCGCAGAUCUACAUCGCCACCCUCAGCGAACUGCUGGAGGACGGCGCCUCGGUACCGAGCCGAGCACCGCGGCCCCCGCCCUCACAGGGGACCACACCUGCGUCAGGGGAGCCAUCGGGGCCGCCUGCAUCGGGGCCGCCUGCAUCGGGGCCAGUCAGGGACUUUGAGAGCGGGAAGAGCAGCGGGGGCCCGGCGCGCACAGAGGAGGAGCACAGGAGUUAUGGGGAGGACAUGUGGGAGAGAACGAGCGGGACCAAGUGA